AUGUAUAUGUCCGUAAAGGUUUGUGAUUUUCACAGUUACUAUUUUUUUCUUCGAAUCUCUUGAGUUUUGUUGAUUUUUGACGCUUCACAGAUACCACAGUUCUUUUAGGUCUUGAAAAAUUUCAAAAAAUUUCUGACAUUUGAGAAAUUUUCUGUAAGUAGUCUGUGAAUUUUGUGUCAAGAUUUGUUAACUCUCAAAGAAAGUUAACUUCUAUUAGGCAAAGUGGGCAAACUUUCGUUUCAAAUUCAGCUCAAAUUUAUAGAAUUAUGUAUAUCACUUACAAGGGAACCUUUUUCACUCAACACUUCAAAUCAUGAUGAAAUUUGGUCCAUGGACAGCUUUUGGGGCCAUAAGAACACCCUAAAAAUUUUAGUCUCCCAAUGGACCUCUGAGCCAAGUUCUGGGCUCUCAAAAACUCAAAAAAGGCCUAAAAAUGGCCAUAAAAGUCAUCAUAGCUCCAUUUCAAAAAUUUUUUUGGGAGAAAUAAAGUUUCAGAUAUUGAUCAGCAUAGUCGAUUACCUAAAAACAUCAAUAAAAAAUAUUUUUUCGAAAAAUUUUGAAGUUUUUUAUUUUUGGGCUGAAAAUUUAUGAAAAUUCAUAUGUGCCCCUGCUCAUUCUUUUUUUCAAAAUCAAAAAUUUUUCUGAAAAUUUGAUUUAUUGAUGCUUUUUGGGUAAAACGACCACGCUGAUCAUCAUCUGCUAUUCAGUUUUUCAUAAAAUUGAUCGAAAAUUGAGUUAUGAUGUGUUUUAUGAGCCAAUUUUGGCAAUUUUCGAACUUUUGAGAGCCCAGAACUUGGCUCAGAGGUCCAUUGGGAGACUAAAAUUUUUAGGGUGUUCUUAUGACCCCAAAAGCUGUCCAUGGACCAAAUUUCAUCAUGAUUUGAAGUGUUGAGUAAAAAAGGUUUCCUUGUUAGAGAAGAACUGUAAUUCCGCGACAGAACAUGUCGCGAGAAGAUCAGAAAAGCGGCCACGCUGGGUUUUUCUCUCUCAAAAAAAGUAAUUCUGGAACACAAAAGCGUUGUCAUAUUCCCUAAUCUGAUUUACAGCGCUUUGACAUAAUUUUUCAUCACAAAUUUGUUCUCCUAGUGUCAUAGAAAAAAUUGAAUUUCCUCAAGAUUUAUUUCAAUUUUCAGUUGCGUAUUUUUCUCCGACGGUAUCGAUUGGUUUUUUGUAUUUUUCUAUUUGUAACACUCUUUCUAAUAAUCAAAACAACUCGACAUUCAAAUCAUAACAAAUUAUCAGCAAGUCCUAAGGUAUGUUUUUUUCAAACUUUUCCAUAAAUUACAAUAAUAAAAUUGAUUUAGGUACUAUCAGGAUUAAUUCAUGAAACUUUCAAAUCAAAAGAAUCGCGACUUCUUCGACUUAGCCAAAUAAAAUGGCAAAAAUGUAUGCUAGAAUUAAUAGAUGAACAUCAAUUGACGUUAGAAGACUUGGAUCCAUUAGAUCCAAGAUUUGGAGAACUUCAGGAAGCUGUUAGGCAAAAUCAAGAAAAAAAGAAAAAACAUAAACUUCUUGAAGAUUAUGAUGAUGAACGAUUUGAAACAGUGAAUUUUUUCCAAUUUUUUUUCAAAAAAGUCUAUUAACCUUUUCAGAUGUGGGCUGGUCUCAAUGGUUAUGCUAAAAACUGUUGGCAAAAAACUGAUAUGUGGCACAUUGAACCAAAUUUUAUACCGUCAACAAGAAUCGGUUAUAUUUUACCAUACAGUGAUAAAAUACCUAUAACAGUUGUUCGAAUAGCAAAUAACAAUAAUGAUCAAAUUCAGAGUACAUUGAGGGAGAAUCUCAGUAAGGCAAGAACUUGUAAAACUUCGAAAAAAUAACAUUUAAUAGUUUCAUAUUUUCAGGAAACUGCAUUUUUUGAAAUAAGCACUGAUCCAGGAGCAAGCAAAAAAUAUACGUCUUCAAUAGGAAAACACGUUACGUUAAAAAUUGGUAAAAAGUUCACCCCAAUUGAAAAAGUUUUCAAUAAUAUUGUGAAAAGGAAGAUUAUUGAUUAUUUAUUUAUUGAAGGCAUGUUUUUUUUAUUGGAUAUUUAAUUUGAAAAAAAUUGGAAAAAAAAUGUGUUUUCAGAUAUGGAAAGUGAAUAUGAAAUUAUGGAAGCGUUUCGAAAAGAUGGACUUUUAGAUAAAUCUGGAAUCACAGUGUGUCAGAUUAAUAUACUGGUGAGUUGAGUUCCAAAAACUAAUAUCCUUUUUUGUGAAUCUUGGUCAAAAGCAAAAGAUAGACAUCUUGGUAGGUUCGUAAAAAGCAUACUACACAUUCCUCGUGUUUUAAUUUCCGUUGUAGAUGAGAAAACUUGAUAUAUAUCGAUGUACAUUUCAGUAUUCCCGUCCAACACGACCUGACGAUUCAAAAAAAGAGGAAUUUCGAAAACAUAUUGUUCGAUUUAUCCGCGAAGGAAAAUACACUCUUCUAAUGGCUUCAAAUUAUUUAUCACAACGUGUAUUCUGGGUAAAUACGCAAUCAAUAGAAUGCCAACAAAGAUAUCUUGAGAAGAAUUUCUCAAAUGAUGUAGAUUUUGUUUAG